AUGAAUAGAGCACAGGUAUUACAUGAAGCUUUUGGAAGGAGGAAGAACUUUAUCAUCAUCUUAGAUGAUAUUUGGGAAAGAGUUUCUCUGCAAAAUGUGGGUAUUCCUGAGCCUGAUGGAAGUAAUGUGUCCAAAGUUGUGUGGACCACCAGUUCCAUGAACGUUUUUAAUAGCAUGGAGAGUGAAAAAGAAAUUAAAGUUGGUGCUGAAGAUGUUAUUAUGUCCACUGAAAUUCAGCCAAUUGCAAAGCAGGUAGCAAAGGAAUGUGGAAGGCUGCCUGACAAAUUCCCCUUGCUUAUAUCCCGCAAUUACAACUGGUUGAGCAAUGACAAAAUUCGUGCAUAUUUCUUGUAUUGUGCUCUAUAUCCAGAGGACCAUCAAAUAUUAGUUGAUGUGCUGAUUGAAUACUGGAUGGCUGAGGGCUUGAUCAAUGAAGAGGGGAGUAUACAGACUGAGAAAGACAAAGGGCAUGCUUAUCUCAAGGAACUCAAAGAUGCAUGCAUGAUAGAGAGCAUCAGGGAUGAUGAUAAGUAUGUGAGGAUGCAUGACUUGAUCCGGGAUCUUGCAAUUAACAUCACAAGAGAGCCACCUCUCUUCAUGGUAAAAGUUGGAUUACGGUUGGAGGAGUCACCUAAGGAGGAAGAAUGGGUUGAAAGUCUACAAAGAGUCUCAUUGAUGAGAAAUGAUAUCAAAGCAUUUAGCGGCCAACCAAAUUGUCCCCAACUAUCUACUUUGCUGCUACACCAUAAUGGCACAAAGUACUCUGAGAUUACUUUCUCUGACACAUUCUUCAAGCAUAUGCACAACCUUAAAGUCCUUGACCUCUCAAAUACUGGAAUAAAAUCACUUCCGAAUUUGAUUUCUGUCUUGGUGAACCUUCAAGCGCUGAUCUUGACAAAGUGCUAG